AUGACAUCCGAACAACAGCCAAAUAGUUUUGUUGCUGAUGAAAGUGGUUUUUCAAUGAUCUCAUCAUCAUCGGAUCAAGGGGAAUCUACCAAUCCAAUAACAACAACAGCAACACCAACGAGCAACACCUCUCCACCCAUGUCGGUGCUGGACAAUUCUUCUUCUCCUGCUCUUGAAAGAAGUCUCGAUGGUGUUUCAUCAUUGCCAGCAGAAAAUAUUUCUUCGUCUGCCAUGAGCACCAGCACAGUUGUAAAUUCAUCAUCAUCGAUUCAUGUGCAUUCUCUUUCAAACUCAUCCACUGCAUCCAACACGACCACGGUAUCAUCAGGCGUACCCAGUAUUCAGCCAAAAAUCAUUCCUGGGCCUCCAAUUUAUGAUCCGAACAGAAUACCAGUGAUGGAAGGUGGAAUUGGUAAUGUGUUGAAUUCAUUGGGCGGAUCUUCAUCAUCAGGAUCCACAGGAUCAAAUGUCAUUUCUUCUAUACUUGGAGCUGGUAAAGAGACCAUCUCUUCAGUUUUACCUUUCCAAAUUCCUUUAAUGGACAGUAGCUUUACAAUUGGUUCCAGUGAAAAGUUUUCGCUGAACAAUGUGUAUCAGGAAAAUGCAGAAAAGUUCAAAAGAUUCAAGAAUAGAACAUCAUGGGGCUACAACAAUUUACUUGCCUACUGCUGUCAAACUUAUGUCAUGAUUUUUGAUCCGGUUUCAAUGCAACAAAUAUCAUCUUUGUUUGGUCACAGAUAUUUAACAACUUGUGUGGAAUGGUGCGACAUGUGCAAAUCGAGAGGAAUAGAGAGAGGCAAUACCAAUAUGAUUGCGAGUGGUGACGAGGGAGGAUUCAUCGUUAUAUGGGACUACAAGAAGGCAAGAAAAAUUUCCAGUUUUGCCGAAGAUAACGGCAACACCAAAAAAUCAAUUGUUCAAUUGAAAUGGUUGAAUGGAGACAAUAUUUAUUUGAUGAGCUUGUCAGCACAUAAUGUAUUUUCUCUUUGGAAUGUACAAACAGCAACGAGAAUUUGGGAUGUCGAGUUUCCAGAAACAAUCACAAGUUUUUCAAUUGAUCCUUUCACAUUGAAAACAUGUUGCUUGCCAAGUGAGAGUGGAUGGACCUAUUUCUUGAACGAUUUAAAUGUCAAAAAGAAACCUGCCGAAAUUCAACGAAGACUUUAUGGUAGUAUGGAUAAAAAGACUGGUGCCACUCAGACUACAUUGAAGGACUUUUUAUGCUCUCCUCACACAAGAAAUCAAUUUUACGUUGUGGCAAAGAAGGAGGUCACUGUUUUUGAUUCUUCUAUUCGAACAACCAUUCAUGGUAAACAUUUGAAGGGAGGACGAUCAGAUUUUCAAACUUUAUACACGUUUGAAGAUGAGCCUAAAGUAAUGUACUCACUUCACGAUGAUGGAACUAUGUGCAUUUGGGAAUACAAUGGAGAAAAGUAUGAUUCUACUGUGUGUGACGUGGUAAGAGGAUCGAAACAUGGUGCCGAUAGACCAGGAUUGCUUUAUGGUGUAUCGAUCUCUCCACUCGAUCACACAAAAGUUGCUGCAGUAAGCGCAGAUGGUAAGAUUUGGUUGUGGCGAGUGAACUUGUCGAACAAGAUGCUCUCAGGAGGUGAGUCGUCUCCUGAGGCUUCAUCAACAAAAAUUAAGGUUAACUCAAAGUGGAUGCUUGAUGGAUUGACAGAGUUUACUGGGUCUACUGUGAGCAGCAUUAAGGUUUCUCCAUUUGAUGAUCGUGUGGCUGUUGGUACGAGCAAUGGUCUAAUUAUGAUUUACGAUCUGUUAACUGGAUCUCUCAAAGUCAAGCAUGACGUUUUCAACAACGCUCCAGUAUUAGGUAUUCGUUGGUAUGGUCCCAACUCAUUAUUGUGCUUUUCUUCUUCUGUGUUUGAAAAGAAAAAGGACAGAAAGAAUAAUGAGCUUCGACUUGUGAAUAUCCUGUCAGGAAAGCAUACAACCAUUGACAUUAACAGAGAAGAUCAGAACAAGCGAGAAGAAUCAUCUCGUGCCGGAGGUAUCAAGGGUAUUCGAGUUAGUAACAGCUACAAGUAUCUAGUAAUAAUCUUGCAAGAUAGACCUAUUGAGGUUUGGAGACUAGACACACUGAAAUUAAUCAGGAUGAUUCCAUUCACCAAUGUCACUGCUCUUGAGUGGAUUCCUCUGUCUAAAAAUCAUCCAGAACGUGAAAUGUUAUACUUUACCACAAGUGAUGGUUCACUCCAUUUCUACAAGGUUGAGAAUUAUAAGGUUGAGCCUGACGUUAAAAAACAGAAAGUCUUCUUCACUCCAGUCUCUGCAUUAGCUUGGAAGAACGACAUUCUUGUUUCAGGAGACAAUGUAGGAACUGUCACAAUCUGGGACUUGGCUAAAAAGAAGUCUCGAGUUUUGCACACACACAAAGGUCUUAUUAAGAAAAUAGCGUUCAGUAAGGAGCAUAAUCAUAUUUUGGUGUUAUUUGCGGAUGGAGAUUUUGGUAUUUGGGACGUUGAUCAAAAUGUUAAACUUGCCAGCUCUCCAGCCUAUGUUAAGGCGGUGGCAGCUGAUUGGGGAAGAGGCAAUUAUCCUGUAAUUUCCACAAAUUCAGGCUCUAUUCUAGUGUUUGAUAUUCAGCUUACCACAUGUAAUACCAACUUGAUGUUCCACAGCCGAAGUGAUUUUAUCAAGACACCUUGCUGCCUUAAGAAUGACGAAGCUCAAUAUUUUAGAGCUCUCAUCGAGAAUAACAAGUUAUCAUUCGAUGACAUGAUGAACGAGAAUGAAAUUGUUGACUCACCCAACACUUUCAGAAAUUGUGUAGGAGAAGUGAUUACUGACACAAAAGCAUCUGUCAGCCUUCAUGACAAGAUGCAGAGCUACAGAUACUUGAUUCCUGAUUAUAUUUUGCACAAAUUGAAAAAUCCUGCUACCACCACUGCUGAAAGAUGUCUUCUUGCAGCACAAUAUUUUGGUGAUAGAAUUGCAGAGCAAUUUUGGAGAUUGGCCAUCGAAUUUUUAACAAAAUUCUCCAAACAAGAAAUUACUCCAACACAUCAAGAGGCCCAAAAAGAAACGGCAACACAACAGGAAGAGGAACACUUCUUCACAGAGAAGACUGAAUUAGAAAGAUUUGAUGCUAAUGUCUGUUUGAAUUCAUCUCUUCCAACCACAUUUGAUUUGUUGAGGGAUAACGAAUCUGUUAGAAAUGAAGAAAUGAAAAUUUUGCAACAACACGACCAAACUCUCCAACACAAACUCAAAUCAGGUGCUCCAACUGAGCAAGUCAAUGAUUUAUUCUCUUUCAUUGCAAGAAAUGAGAGUGAACUAUUGCAAAAGGACCAAGCGGUCAAACUAUUGUUGCAAACACCACUUGACAGUAAGAAUUUGUACGCCAAUUUCUUACAUGCAACUGUUUUAGCUGCCUCCAACUCUCCUUCACAUUUCAGAGAAACUGUUCAAUUUGUUGCAAGCUCACUCAUUUCUUUGAAGAAGGAGAAUGAUAUUGAAUUUGGUGUGCAGCUAUUGUGUUCCAUUGGAGAAGGAUUAAAGGCAUGCCGUAUUCUCCAAGAUUUCGACAUGUGGGAAAAAGCUGCCCGUAUUGCUAAAAGUAUUUUACCAGAUCAUGAUUGCUUAAUUGUCUUGUCAAGAUGGGCAGACCAUCUCCAAAGUAAUAAUCAACUAUUGAAAUCCAUUGGCGUUUGGAUGAGCCUUGGACUUUUCAAGGAGGUACUUGACCUUUUACACAAGUCCGAGCUUGAUGAUAUUGCCUCAUUGUUCACAAAGGCCUAUGACGAAUAUUUACCACAUUUACCACUUAGUGAGCUUCACAGAUAUUUCAUACUUAAGGUCUCGUCUCCAUCGAAAUUAAGUGAACCUUUGUAUAGCAGUAGUAAGAAUCAUGACGAUUUUGUAAUGACAUGUAGAAAGCUCAAAUAUUUCGUUUACCAACAAUACGCAGUAUUUUUAGAUAAGAUUGGUUACAAUGAAUUGGCAGAGGAAUAUCGAUGUAUCAUCAAACCUGAAGAAGUUGGGCUUUCUGGCAUUCCUGCAAACAUUACACAACUUUUACAAGGAGGAGAGGAAAAUAAUAAUGCAGCGACCGAGUCUUCCUUGGGUCAACCACUCGAUCGUCAAGAGAGCUGGGUGGUUGUUGAAGAACAAGCAAACAUGACACCCAAUGUACAGCCUUCCCCAAGCGAAAACAAGUCAACUGAUAUUUUUGAUCUUCCUCAUGAAGAUCAAUAG